CUAUCUAUACUGCUGGCGCAGCACAAUGCCUCUUUUUUUAUUCUCUCAAGGGAGAGAAUAACAUGUUUUCCAUACUUGUUUUUAUUCAGAUUCACGUGACUGCUAGUUUGGGAUCAUGUGACGCAUCAUGGCUGCGCCCAGCUGGCUCUGGGUUCCCCAGCUGUUCCUCUAUUUGGUAGUCCCCUCGUCGACCGGGUUCAUGGUCGAAACGUUAGAGCAGGUCUGCGGUAGCUGUGCUGGGCCCAUGAGAAAUGAGUCCGCAGUAGCCGUUUUCUGCGGUUCCCGGGUGGGUUCGGUUCGGCGGGGCCGCUGCUGCUUAGAAAGGGACAAGAAGAUUGUUUUGGGGUUGGAUUAUGGAAACUGCUCAUUGCAUCAGUUGUGCUCUAGCUUCCAGGAAGUGAAUACAGCUUUUGUCAUUGAUCUGACUGAUAAUCCAUUAGAAAGUGUGCCUGAAGACCACUUCCGAGGAUUCACUCAGCUGCAGACCCUUGCUUUGCCCCAGAAGCUGGAUUGUCCUGGAGGCAAUGAAGUAUGGAAAAAUAUCACCAUCCAAGGGGACAAUCGUAUCUGUCAAGAUCAAAGGAGCUCCUGCAAUGGCUCAUUGGGACCUGUUUGGGUAUGCCCAGAGGGAUCACUUUGUAGUUCUGACGGACCUGGCUUGUCUCAGUGCCUCUGUGUAGAGCCAUACCAUGGCUACAAAUGUUUGCGCCAGGGCAAUUUUCCAUACCUGCUUUUCUUCGGAACUUUGGGAGUCAUCACCAUCACUCUCUCCACCUUCCUUUGGAUCACACAGCGCCAUAAAGCGAAAACCCUUUAGUGGCCUCUCCAGUCUCCAGGUCCACCAACACUCCACAAAGGAGGUGGGAGUUUACAAGUCUUGUCUGCUGUUACCCUUUGGUUUUGGAACUGGAGAUUCCCAAUUUUUCUGGGGGAAAUAAUUUUUGGAUUAGAGCCUUUCAGAGUGGUUAUGCUCUGUUACAUGUUCGGACACAUGGGAGAAUACUGUAGCAGUUACUGUACAGGAACACAUUAUUUCCAACUGGACCUGUUAAUUGGCCAAUGCAUACAAGUUGGGGCUAUCAAUAAAAUGUAAAAAGAGAACUGGGGGAAAUUAAUGUCUUAUUGAGUGAUAUUCUUUGGAGUGUACAUUUAAUUUCUAAUAAAGUAAAUACAACUAAUCAUGGUUGUGACUGGAUAUGACGAAAA